AUCGCGGCAUCACAUGGCAUCACGGAGUGAAAAAAAGUUUAGGAUAGGUGCGUCGGUAUUUUUGCGUCGUUAUUUUCGUGGUAAGCUUGAGUUCUAUACGGUUUGCAGCUCCCUAAAGGCACGACAGUGAAAUGGUGUACCUGCACUUUCCCUCGCAAUACACUGAGGAAGAGGACAUGCUACAGAAGAAGUACCAAAAACUGAAACGCAAGAAAAAGGCACUGCAACAGACUAAAACGCCCAAACAAGAACCGCCGCCAGUUCAGACGACGCUACGGAAAGGCCAUGACCAAGUUUCAGAGUCAAAACCAGAUGCAAAAGAAGUCGCCAAGAAGCUGCUGAAAUCGGGGGCCAUCAGUGCCAUCAAAGUUGAAAACAAGGAGCGGCAUGGAUUCAAGCGAUCUAAAGCAUCUGAACGCAAGCGUAGCCUGAACGACCGCCCUGGAGGCAUCGGCUAUCAGCCUUACGCUGCAAACCAUCCCACAGAAGAUGAAUCAGACGUCACUGGUACGUCAUCAUCAUCACCAUCAUCAUCACGACCAGCCAUGAAGUCUCUCUAUGAAAGUUUUGUGAGUGGAGGCAAUUUGGACGAGGAUGAUCCAAAGCACUUGGAGACACCACGAGAUUCUACACCUGAAAAACCACGUCAAAAGAACACACUUUAUGUGCACGGUGCCGGUGUGAGUGAAGACCUCUUGCGGGGAUCCUUUGCACCCUAUGGUUCCCUUUUGAAUAUUUCUAUGGAGCUUGAUAAAAACUGUGGGUUCGUGACCUUUGAGAAAAUCGAAUGUGCAGAAAAGGCUGUUGUUGAGAUGAAUGGUGCCACUGUGUCUGGAAUCAAAUUAAGGGUUUCGUUUGCCCGAAGGCAGCCCCUGAUACCGCAAUCAGCCGAUGGUUCACCAGCAACUUGGACUUCUAUGGCGUCUAAUUACAGCCAGAAAGGCGGAAGUGCUGACAACAGGAAAGCUGUCCUCUACAAUGAUCUCGAUUUGUUCUGAGGUGGCCGUUGCUUCACUUUCACAUGUGCAAGACCACUUAAUCAGAAGCACUAUGUGCUCUGUACAUCACUCUGCAGCCCAAAGUGUUCUGUUGAUCUCUCGGCUGCACUGUCACUCCAGCCACCGGAGCGUCGGAUCACUGCCGAGGACUCUUGCAUCCCACCAAUUAUGUAAUUCUCAUGCAACAGUGGUAUCCCUUCUGGCAAUAUCCUUGAGAGUGGAGAAUAAAAAGUUCCAAUCUUG